GACUGAUCACUGAACGUCAACGAGACACGGCUGACGGCAUUACUACUGCCCUCUAUACUUUUAGUUUUAAUUUCUGACUUCUGUCUACUUGAGUUGUGUUGAUUGUAAUUUGGCAGUUCUUGUUCUUCAUUAAUUUUAUAAUUAAUUUGUAGUUUCCUUCUUGUUUUGUUACUUCUGCUUGACUAAAAUAUGUCGAGCGACAACGGGUUUAACAAUGACGAUUCUCCUAAUAAAACUUUAACACAUCUCCAGCUUCCCAGCCCCAUAAUAACAAGAAGAAACCGAACCGCUUCAACGUCCGAAAGAGCACUUCAAAAUCCUAUCGAAUACGGAAAGAUAAAAUCUUUUUGUCGCGAAAAAGGUCACGGUUUUAUAAAACCAUUAAAAGGCGGUGAAGAUCUAUUUCUACAUAUUUCAGAUAUUGAAGGAGAGUAUGUACCUCUGCCUGGAGAUGAAGUAUCUUACCGACUAUGCCCAAUUCCACCAAAGUUUGAAAAGUAUCAAGCUGUUCAUGUCAAGAUUGUGCAACUUGUUCGGGAGAGGCAUUCAAAGUGGCAUGAACCUCCACUGUAAUGCAGUUCUAGUGUAAUGAUACAAAACUCUCACUAAAUCUUCAAUAUCUUUUGCGUCCCUUCUAUUCUUCUAUUCAUGUUUUUAAGUAAGACACCUAGUCUUCUAUCAUGUCUCAAAUUGAUUGAAAUAUGUCCAAUAAAUUAACGAUCAAAUGAAAGUCAUUAUAAUCAGUAUUUCAAAAGUGAGAUGUUUUAUAUGUGGUGCUAAAUUUUUGAAGGAUUUACCAUCUUGUAAGUUUUUGAUAUACCAAUAUUAGUUACUUUAAUUAUUGGUAAAAGCAUCUUGCACAAAUAUUACGUUAGAAUAUUUAUGUUCAUGAACGGCCUAACUCUUGCAGGAUUAUAACUCUUGCUAAUAAUCUUAAUAGAAGGUUUUGUGCACAAAUAAUUUAACUUAAAAAUAUAACUUGUGACUUAAUUAUCUGUAUAAGUUUGAUUAUUAUUUCCUGCUUUUAUUAUAGAUUUUACAUUUAAUUUACAUUAUACAUUGAUAUUGAAUUGAAAAUUUUAAGGAUUUAUUCAUGUUUAUUGUUUUAAUUGUAUGUAAUAUCUUACACAUAAGUGUAGUAGCAUAAUGCCAUGCUUGUUGUGUUUAUUUUAUGAUAGCUAUUGUACAACAAAUAUAUUGUAUGA